AUGUCCACGUCACGCGACCGUGACGAUUUCACGUACGAGCAGCAGAAUGACAGACGUCUAGACGAGCUGCAUUCAAAGAUUCGGUCAUUACGAAGCGUAACAACAGAUAUCUAUGAUGAAGCCGAACGGGGCAACACACAUCUGGACGAGACGAUAAACACCUUUGCAUCUUUCCGCACCUCCCUCUCCCAAUCCGCAAAUCGAGCCGCACGCGCACUCGGCCUACGCAGCAACAUAUCCCAGUUCAGGAUGAUACUUUACGUCGUCGGCGCCAUCGUGCUUCUGUGGGUGUUGUGGAAGAUCUUCGCUUGGUUCUGGUGGCGAGUACCAGCACACUGAACGCCUGAAGAGCGGGGCCGCACACAGGAACGAUGGAUGCGACAUGGUUUUGAGCGACAUAUGGACGCUAAUACAGCGGAUAUAGAGGGUAGUCGGGCGUCGUGGUUAUGCAUGCUUAUGGUUGGCGGUGGAGGACUCUUGUGUGCAACUGUGUAAAGUAUGCAUACCCACCGUUGUGUAAAGCACUCAUCACGCACGCGGUCUUAUUUUUGUAUUCAAUGAUUCGUUCUAACUGCAUCUUU